AUGUCUGCUCCACUUCACAGCUGUCCUCCCGACAAUGAUGACCCUCACAAUAUCACAGAUGAAGAAUCUGGAGAAAGAGAUUCUAAUGACCCAGACCGAGUGUGCCGUCGUCAGCUCCAAGCCGAGGCAGAUAUUCAAUUCGAAGUAAUUGAAAACGAUGAAGAUACACCAAUUGAAUUAGGUGAUGAACGAAUUGGGAAUGACUGCACAGGUACCGUCCGGGCAAACCGAACGGAGAAAUGCCCUUUAAAUGACAAGAAAAUUAUGUAUAUUCGUGAAAGAGGGUCAUUUGAAAGCUACAUUGACAAGUCAGAUAACAUAGCAGCUGUCGCUUCUUGGAAAGAUAACAGUGUUGACACACUAUUGUCAAAUGAGCAUGGUGUGGCUCCUCUUGGUGAAGCUAAGAGAUAUUCAGUGACAGAAAGAAAGAAAGUUUCCAUUCCUCAGCCAUAUCGUAUAGCGCAAUACAACAGGAAUAUGGGAGGUGUCGAUCUAAUGGACAAUAAUAUAUCGAACUACAGGAUAGGCGUUCGUGGAAAACGGUGGUAUAUCCCAAUCGUUCUCUGGCUUUUUGAUGCUGUGAUGAGCUUGGUUUCUUGGCUCUUGGUUUCUGGCUCGCUCUCAAGGAGUUACUUUGGACAGUCUCAGUUUCCGAAGAAGUGUGGUCCAGGCUUUACUUCAAAAAUUUGGACGCGCUCCUAA